GUGUGUACAUUUUCCCACCCCAUUGAAACGUCUCAAUGACACAAGCAUUAUCCUUCCACGGAAAGCUUAACGCCAUAUAGAGAGAGAGCCACUAUAUAUAUACAGACGCACAGACACACAAAUAUAUAAAACCCCACUUCAUCAGAGUCUGUCUGUUCUUCGCACGAGUAAUCAAUUAUAAUGGGUCGCCAUUCCUGUUGUGUAAAGCAAAAACUGAGAAAGGGUCUGUGGUCCCCUGAAGAAGAUGAGAAGCUCUUCAAUUACAUUACCAGAUAUGGCGUUGGCUGCUGGAGUUCUAUUCCCAAACUCGCUGGGUUGCAAAGAUGCGGAAAGAGUUGUAGGUUGAGAUGGAUUAAUUAUCUGAGGCCUGAUUUGAAGAGAGGCAUGUUUUCUCAACAAGAAGAAGAUCUCAUACUCAGCCUUCACGAAGUUCUUGGCAACAGGUGGGCUCAGAUUGCAGCACAGUUACCAGGAAGAACAGAUAAUGAGAUAAAGAACUUUUGGAAUUCAAGUCUGAAGAAGAAGCUGCUGAAGCAAGGGAUUGACCCAACCACACACAAGCCUCUAAUUAUUUCAGAACCUCAUCAUCAAUCGUCAAUCAAGGAGGAGAACAAAGGUCUCACAGAUUCAGAGACAGUACUAUUGCCAUCUAUACAGAUUCCAUUCUCAGUCGUCUCAGCUCCAACAACAUCCUUGGGCUUCUCAUCAUCAUCACAAGGAUCAUCAGUACUUGCAGGAAGUGAUUCCAACCAGUUUGAUCAGAAUAAUAGUGGUUAUGACCCAUUGGCCUUAUUGGAGUUCCAAAUGGCUGGUUUAAACCAAUCCUCUUCUGGGUUCGGAUCAUUCAAUAUGUCCUCAAUAAUGCCAGGUCUGAUCACAAAUUCCAUGGCAGAGUUCUCAUCAGAAAACAAUUCGGGUUCGAGAAUCAGUUCAAGCAAUAGCUUGAGCAGCUAUAUUCAAGGAGGAGGGUGUCAUCAGAUAAGUAACAGUUUAGCGAUGGAUCCAUUGUUGUAUCAGUUUCAUGAAGCGAAUGGUAUAAAGAACGAAGAAGAUUAUCAGUUGAUGAAGACGACGACGACGACAGGGUCGUCGUGGGAAGAAGAUGGCCAGCUUCUGAAUCAAACCUCCAUAGAUUUCACCGCCAACUAUCCGUUAACGUCACUGUCAGAAGAUCUAACGCCCGCGAAUUUUGAUGCUUUCCACCAUAUGUGAACUGUAAAAAAAAAAAAAAAAAAAUCCCCUCCUUUUUUUUCUUUUGCUUUCGAUUUUUUGAUUUUUGAUUGAUUCUUAACAUAGAAAGACGGUGAUGUGAUAGUACAGCCAACUUCCACCAGAUGGAUCCGAUCCCCUCUUUUCCUUUUGGUUUGCAUUUUAUUUGUUCUUUCCAAUUGAUUUUUAUGAUGUAUUUGGUUUAAUUUCUUCGUUGAAGAUUUCAUGUGACGAUUCUUGCACAUUAAUUAAUUAAUGAGUGAAAGUACCAAUUUUGUGGCCC